AUAUGAAUCUGGUAACCCUGGUGCGAGGUUUGUCCGCGGCGUUGAUCAGAUCUGCUUUACUUCGUUGUCUGUGCUGUAUUCGAAGACCAGUAAUCAAAGAACGUUCUCAUUGUUGCAAUGUCCGACCCAAGGUUACGCCAGCUCACAAUCAAAACCGGUGUGGUGAAACGCCUGUCGAAGGAGAAAACCGUAUACGAAAAGGAAGUCGAUACACAGCGAAACCGUAUCGAGAAACUCAAGGCAAACGGAGCGGACGAUCAUGACAUUCGCAAGCAGGAAGAGGUACUGCAAGAAUCGAUGAUGAUGGUUCCGGACUGCCAGCGAAGAUUAGCAAAAGCCUACGAAGAAUUGAACGAAAUGUUGAAAAAUGAAGAGGAACUAAAGGAAAGUGAUCAGUACAUUGCGGCUCUGUCCAUCUUAGAGGACGCCAAAGUGAACCUUCCGAACAAUAGCAUGCAGUUAUAG